AUGGAUUUUCAACUUGCGGAGGUUGAUAAAAUCUUCUGUAGCAAGUGCGCCAAUUUCCGUGCUGCAGCUGAAUUUGAAGUCAACAAGAAAGGCCAGCGGAACAGAACGUGCAAGCGCCACAGCCGAAAACGCGCGUUGGAGUUGCAUGAUUGGGACAGUUUCACCUUACUUCUUCGCAAUUGGAAGAAACAGCGCGGUCGCCAGGUGUUAGAUGAGAACUACGUUUUUGAUUUGGAUGCUCUACCCGUGAAUUUUGGUUCCCCACGCGUGCUCGAGCUUGCAAAACAUGAUGGAAAUUAUACCGGCCGUGGUACGCUUCCAAGAACCGAGAUGAACGCGGCAAUGCACGAUAUGAGUGUGAUCAUUUGGAAGGAAGGCGGAUUUCGCUUCCGCCACACUGGCACCAAUUUCCAAAGCCUCACGUACCAAUAUCACUGCUCCCAAGAUUCGAUGCAUGUUAAAAGCUAUCGAUCUACAGUGGAGGAGGAGAAGCAGCGGGAUGGCCGCCGUAUGACGCGAUUUCCGUGCCGAAGCAAGCUCACCAUGCGGCCAUGCUUUCAAAAUCGAACCCUGUCCCUUUCAAUCCAUCACCAAUGGCAUACACCUUAUGAAGACAUCGAAUUAUCGCUACUUGUGCAGGAACUCAUCAAUUCGCUUGUAUCGACCAAAACUCCGUCCGAGAUAUACCGUGAGAUUCGACAGAUUCCAGAAGGAAAGCCUGUGACCCGGCAUCAGGUCUACUAUCUCUGGCAGAAAGCGAAUGCCGAGAUCUGGCAGCGAGACCCGGAUCCCUUCAUUUCGGCCACAACGCUCCUUUCUGAAAGCAGUCGCUAUCGCGAUCACCACAGCAUCUUCACAGCACGAAACCUGAGGGCAUUGGCGUUUUUUGCCUGCGAACCUAUCCAGAAGCUUCGAAAUACAGCUCCACAAUUGGUGAUGGACUCGACGUUCGGAACCAACAGUGGCGGGAUGGACCUCUUUGCGGUAUUAUCUGAAGUUGAAGGUACUGGAGUUCCGCUUGCUUAUUGUCUGGUAGAGCUGCUAAAGCCUCCACAAUCCCAACAGGCGGAGACGAAGCCCGUCCGAGCGGACCCGGGAGCGAUGACGUACAUUAUUCAACAAUUUCUCCAGCGACUGAAAAAUUUCGGGUUCAAUCCGAGAUGCGUCGCGAUUGACAAGGAUCCGGCAGAAAUUACAGCUGUCACGACGGUUUGGCCAGGGGUCAAGGUUCAACUUUGCUACUGGCAUGCCAAACGGGCCGUAAGCACGAGGCUCAACUCAUCCAAAAGCACCAACACGCAAAACCACUAUCGGCCAGAGGACGCUCAGAAGUUAAUCCCGGAUUUGGAGAUCUGCUGGGGUUCACUCCCGAUCCGUCGGCCAGUGUGCCAUAGAUUUGGCGAUUGCAGAUGCCCGUCAAAGGCUGAUACAAUUAGCGAAAUGGGGAGGCUGGAACCAGCCACCAAGGAGGACCGUGACAUGGUAUUGGAAAUUUUCUGCCGGCAUUUUAACCUCCAUCCUCUCAUUCCUGAUUCAAACGGGACUUACAAGUCCUCAGCAAUAGUGCACCAGGAAUGUGCGACAGAGAUGUAUACUUGGUGUAAGACCCGUGGAUAUUAUCGUCUUUGGGCUUACCUGUACGUCAACUGGUAUAGCCCUGAUCAGUGGAAGCUGUGGGCUCGAGCGGCUGACCCGAUUGAGAUCCCGGUGGUGAAAACCACAAUGAUCGUGGAGUCGCACUGGCGAACAUUGAAGCAUGACUAUCUCCAUCGUUUCAAUCGGCCCCGAGUCGACCUGGUGGUGUGGAUUCUAACUUCUCGGGUUCUUCCCGAUGCGGUCCAUCGAAUGACGGCGAUUUCCAAUGGACAGUUCCGUAUCUUCAAAGCUCGGUGGCGAGAGGCAUUCAAGAAGCAUUGGAGAAAAGAGGCCUGCAAAACAGUGCAUCCGGACAAGCUGAAGGAAUAUCAUACAAACCCAGUCAACUGGAAUUCCGCGACGAGAAAGGCGAAAGAAAAAAAUCCACAAGGGGUCGCCCCUGCAGAAACUCGUGGUCGAAAGAGAAGAGUGCUUGGAGAUGCGGAUCCAAAUGUACGGAAAGCUCCUCGAAUUGCGCCGAACGAGCCUGUACGAUGGGAUAUGGCUUCACAACACACAAAGGAACGGAUGAGAUCUACAGCCGCUAGAGAACGAGACAAUCGCUAUCGGCGAAACCACGACCUCUCCCCCAUACCAUCCCAUUCUCCUGGAGUAGAACUUCAACUUCCGACGUUCUCGUCCGUUUCAUUCCCCUCCCAAACCCCACCACCUCCUACUCCACCUCCCGCUCUUGCCAGAGCUCCUAUAUCAGACAUGGAUUGGUCGAACAUUAAUGCGUUCCACGAGUAUCUGUGCAACCAAGAGAUGGAAACAUGUGCCCGUUGCAAGGAACGUUGGUUUCAGAUGGGGUUAUCGAAUGGUGUUUGCGGUGCUUGCUUAAAACGGGAUAGGAACUUACAAGCGGGAGAGCCGUUUCUGUUCAGCAGGGAAAAUAAUAUGGAUCCUGGGAUUGUUCCUGACUGUCUGCGGGACUUGACGCAGAUGGAAGAGAUGGUAAUUGCAAAGGCACAUUGCCACAUGAUUAUGAAGCGUGUACGUGGUCACCAAUAUCACUAUACUGGGCACGCAGUCUGCUUUUGGCAGAGUAGUGUGACCUUUAUCGACGUUCUUCCAUCCCGUCCUCAGCAUGUCGAUGUCGUGCUCUUACGCCCUCAUGGCGCACGGAUGGGCGAGGAGAGGUAUAAACGUCAAUUCAAGAACGAGUUUCGCGUUCGUCGCGGCUACGUGGAGAAGGCUUUACAUUGGUUAAAGCGCCACCACCCGGACUAUCGUGAUAUUACUAUUUCCCAAACAAACCUGUCAACCCUUCCUAUCGAUGGGGACGUGUCUGAUCAGGUGCUGAAUAUCGAGGAAUCCGAGGAUUCGGAGGACAAAGAACCGGGAAGGCAAGGAGAUGGCAGGGCUUGUGGGGAAGAGGAUGAACGGGGUAUUGACGGGGAUGUCCCUGGCCCGUCUCAAGAAACCGUGGUACCUAACCUUGACAUUCGCCAGACCGAGGCAGAGCUUUUGGAAGAGGCUUUUAAUAAGAGGACGAAACUUGGUAUCGCUCAAGCACCAGCGAUUAGGCAAACUCCCAUUGAUGAGUUGGGCAGAAAACACCGCCUGUUUGCUAUGUGUUUCCCUACUUUGUUUCCAUAUGGCACCGCAGAUUGGCACCAAGGCAGGAUGCGCAAUGUCUCUCUGGCUGACUGGGCGGAGCACUUCCUGAAAUUUCAUGAUGGAAGAUUUGGUGCUCACCCUCGGUUUCGGUUCUUAGUCUUCAACAUGCUCAUGAGGAAGAAAGCUCAAGAGGCCUCUGGCUUCUGGGUGAAGAAACGCCCGGAUCUCUUGGGCCUGUCACUGGAUGAGUUGAAGGAAUUACUCGGCGAGGAGGGUACUCUACUGAAGAGCAUCGUUCGUUCGGGGGCCACUUUGACUGGGACGCGCCCGUAUUGGAGGCAGAAAGAAAACGCUCUCAAGGCGACAGCCCGUUAUUUCGGAACUACGGGGACUGUUUUCUGCACGUGGAGUUGUGCUGACCACCAAUGGGAUGACCUCCACAGGCACUUACCCCGCUAUGUGCAAUGGAGGGAUGGCACGGAUGAGGAUCGCCGGAAGAUCGCGUGGGAGAAUGUACAGCGAUUCCCUCACAUUAUAGCCGCCUGGCUCGAUAUUCGGUUCAAAGCAUUCUUGAAAUAUGUUAUGACAAGCUUUCUGGGGUUACACGACUAUUGGUUUCGGUAUGAGUGGCAAGCUCGUGGAACAGGUCACAUCCAUUGUAUCAUUUGGAUGAGGGAUUCGCCUGCCAUGGGUGCCAGGACCCCAGAGGAACGGGAGGCUUUUGCACAGUACUGGAAUAAGAAAGUUACGGCCGUUAAUCCGAACAGUACGAGGCCGCCCGAUGCCAGGAAUCCGGCUUCUCUGCCCUUCAUUCAUAUCUGCAAUACCGAUGAACAGGUGGCAAUCUUCAUGAAUCGCUUCCAGAUGCACGCCAAGUGUGUCCCUGGAAGGUGUCUGCGAAAAAGCAAGGCCACCAACUGUGUAGAAUGCCGUUUUUUCUUUCCUCGAGAGCUUCAAGAACGUGCUCUGGUCACGAAGAGUAUCAACAAAAAGAGUUGGAUGCUAGGCGUGGAACGCAAUGUGGAACGCCUUGCCCAGUGCUCGCCGGUGAUGGCCCUUGGGUGGCUAGCCAACACGGAUCUACAACCAGCAGUGACGUAUAAGGGGCUCAUUCUCUACGUCGCCAAGUAUGUGUCGAAGCCUGAAAUCAGAUCUGCCUCAUACCAAGAGUUGCAGGAGCAGGUUCUGCCAUAUGUUAGUGAUCGUCGUCCAAUUGCUUCCCUUGCGGCGAGACUGCUCAAUAAGCUUAUUGGGGAACGUGAUUGGUCUGCGCAAGAGAUUUCCCAUAUCUUACUCAAGAUUCCUCAGCAGAAGUCGACAAGGCAAUGUAUGGUUUUGGAUUGUCGUCCGGACCAGGCUCAAGAUCGCCAUAUCCAGUUUGACCAUGAUGAGGCGGGGGAAGAUGUGGUGUGGUGGAGAGCACUUGAGAGAUUUUCGACGCCUCUCUAA